UCUGUAAACAAACAGAUCGGAUCGGCUCGGCUUCGGCAAAUUAACGUGCGGCGUGGAUUUCAUCUCGUCUCAAACAAAAGCGUUUGUUCGGUUUCUAUUGUUCAGUUCCACCCCAAAUUCAGAUGUCGACGGCAGCGAAACGUCCCAAGAUGGACAAAAAGGGGAAGACGGAUAAGCGGAAUUACUACGCCAAAGCGUUUUCUGGCGGUGGCGAUUCCAGAAAGAAGUACCUGGAACCGGGUCAGUGCGGCUUCAUGGUAACGUGCAACUUCCGCGAAAGGGAUUGCAUCCAGGAGAGCUACCGGCUGCUGAACGAAGUCGCUGACGAACUGUACGGCAAGGUGGAAGAUCCCCAGCAGCAGCAGAAGAAGAAAGAAGGUGAGGGCGACGACGAAGAGGAGGAAGUUGACAUUUCUGUGCAGGUACAGAACCAGGCGGAAGCAGCAAAGACGCAGCGGCCGCAGUUCCGAUUCCAGUCCGUCGAAACUGGAGCGAAGAACUGCUGCUUCAUCACGACGACUCUGAAAGAACCAAAGGAAGUGGCGUUGAAGAUUCUGCGUGAGCUGAAUGAAACCAAGAAACGCAAAAGCCGGAACAUUCUGAGGCUAAUGCCGAUCGAAGUGGUCACAAGGGCCAAUCUGAAGGAUAUCAUCGAUGCAUCGGGCGCGCUUUUCGAUAAGUACUUCCUGAAGGAACCGAAAACGUUCGCUAUCAUGUUCAACAAGCGGUUCAACAACAGUAUCGAGAGGACGGAAGUUAUCGAAGAACUGGCCGGACUGGUUGCUUCGAAGAAUGUGCACAACAAGGCUAAUCUCAAGAACCCGGACCUGGCGAUCAUCGUCGAGGUCGUGAAGGGCUUGUGUCUGAUCAGCGUCGUGCCGGACUACUUCCAGCUGCGAAAGUACAAUCUGGUGGAGAUUUGUGCCCAAAAAGAUGAAGGCGAUAAGGAGAAGUCGAAGGACAAAGAGAAAGUUGAAUCGACAGGUGAGACUGAGGAAAAAGCUUCCGCCGAAGAUAAGACGGAUGAGACAGCAGCAA